GCUGAUGAUAGUAGUAGUAGUAGAAUGAGACCACGAGGAGGAGGACAGGAUACUACUAUGGAGGGUUCUUACGUCACAUCACAAGUACCUCAAGUACCUGUUAAAGUGUUGGACUUAUUACAACAACAACGAGUCGGUGAUGAUGCAGACAGUAGUACUGAUGAUGGUGGUGGUGGUGUUGCAGUACGAGGUGAUGGUAUAAGGAGUCUCUAUGCUUAUGAUGUAUCAAUACGUGAUAAAGUAAAGGAAUCAGUAAUGAUUAACUUUCCUAACUAUACACAGGAUCAUGUCGAUGCUCUAUUUGGUCAUCCUGAUAAAUAUAUAUCGAGAUGUCUAGAGGAGAAUGGUUAUAUAAGAGCAGCAAUUGCUUUUAGAAUCUUACCUACCUAUAUUGAAUCAGUUGAGAUAGCUGCAUUGGUAUCAUUUGAACGUAAUAAAGGUUAUGGCAGUAGAAUAUUGAAGGAUUGUUGUCAUCAUUGGGCUCAAAAGGGUCUAAUGCAUGUAUUGACUUAUGCUGAUGGUACUGCAGUGGACUUCUUUACGAAGAUGGGAUUCUUAUCACCAGUACCAGGCAGGGCUCUUUUUCAAAGACAUUUAUAUAAGUAUAUAUAUGCAUCUAUGAUGAUGUAUCCUUUAUUUCAUCUAGCAACGUUCUCAUUGAAGGAUAGAGCAUUAUCAUUAGUUAGAGAUGUUGAUAUAGGGGAUACUGUAUUAUGUAUAGCUGAUGCUACACAAUAUAUGAGGCAUGCUAUUGUGCGGGAUGUAGAUAGGACAUUAGGAUGUAUUAAGAUACAUAUACUAUAUUGGAAGGAAUCAACAGAUCAAUGGAUAUCAGCUGCAUCUAAACGAUUGAG